AUGGAUCAUAAACCUUUUUUAGUUGUAGAAGGAAAGGGAUUUAUACAACUAAUGAAGGAAGUUGUGCCUUUAUAUAAAAUACGUUCAAGAGAAACAUUGAAAAAACGUAUAGACGAAACAUAUGAGGCCAUGUCAGAAGUUUUCAAGAAAUAUAUAAAAGAAGCAGAACAUUACUGCAUAACUUAUGACAUAUGGACUGAGACAAUGCAAAAUAAGUCAUUAGUUGGAGUCACCAUACACUUUUUAGAAAAUUCAAAGCUUACUAGUGGAUCUCUGGGAGUUUUUGAAUUGCUUGACAAACAUACAGCUGAAUACGUACAAAAGAGACUUACAGAUAUUUUUCAACAAUGGAAUAUCUCAAUUGAUAAAGUAACAGCUGUAGUAACUGAUAAUGACAGCAUGGUUAUGAAAGUGAAUAAAGACAUGUUUGGUGAAAAAAAAAUAAUACCUUGUUUUUCUCACACAGUGAAUUUAGUUGUCAUGAAUUCAUUGGAUAAAUCUAAAGUUGCAUCUACGAUCAUAAGCAAAGAACGUGAAAUUGUAAAAUUCAUAAAACGUAGUGUCAAUGCCAGUGACGAACUGCGCAAAAAGCAAAGAGAGAAUGAAACGAAGGAAGGCCAGAUAAAGAAACUAAUACUUGACGUUCGCACGCGUUGGAAUUCAACAUAUUAUAUGUUGGAACGUUUUAUGGACUUAGUUUCAAUUAUUGGCACGAUAUUGUUAUGCCGUUCAGAUGCACCACCGAUGAUAACUUCAAGUGAAGUAGGCUGUCUGCGCGAAAUCAUUCAACUUUUGCAACCCUUCGAAAGAUUGACAAAAGAAAUUUGUAGACAAAAUUAUAUUACAGUGAGUAAAGUCAUUCCUCUUAUAAGUUGCGUACGGGGCAUGCUGGAAAAAUAUUCACCAUCAUUUGAAAGCACCUUAUCAUUAAAAGCAGAAAUUGAAAAGGAAGUUUCAAAGAGAUUUGACAAACUAGAGCAAUGUUCAUCGUUGGCUAUUGCUACGGCCUUAGAUCCUCGUUUCAAACUAAUUCAUUUUAAAGAUGCUGCUGCGAAGGGAAAAGUCAUAAAUUAUAUGAACAAUUACUUAACGAAUAACCUAACGAAUAUAGCAAACGAUUCUUCUGACGAAUCGGAAAAAGGCGAUAAUACUGAAGGAGACAUAUGGAGUUACUAUAAAGUAUUGACGCACAAUAACAUCAAAAAUAAAACGAAAGAUAAAACUAAAGCAGAAACAGAAUUUCACAUGUUCAUGUCAUCACCUGUUACUCUUAUAAAAGGAGAUGCGUUGGAGAUGUGGAAUGACAUGAAGGGGUUAUUUCCCGGGCUUCAUAACCUAGCCAUGAUCUAUUUGCCUAUUGUGGCAACUUCGGUACCCAGUGAGCGGUUAUUCUCAGAAGCUGGAGCUACAAUCACCCAGGAGAGAAACCGUUUACUGGGCACCAGGUUGUCAAAAUUGUUAUUUUCAAAUUCUGUAUUGAAGAAAUAG